AUGUCUUUAAGACUAGUAUGUAAUCAUCCUUAUCUUUUUACUUAUAAAAGAGAAUUUCCAAAUGAAGAUAUUGAAGAAAUGAUUAAUUAAUCAAAUAAAUUAAAAUUUGUAGAUAGAAUCAUUCCUAGAUUAUUGGAAAUGCAACAUAAAAUGCUUAUUUUUAGUUAAUUUACAAUGAUGCUUGAUUUAAUGCAACAUUAUUUAUAAUUAAGAGGUUAUAGCUAUGAAAGAUUAGAUGGAACUACAAGUAUAAUGGACAGAUAAAGAAUUAUUGAUUCAUUUAAUAAUUCAACAGGUAAAUCUAAAAUAUUCCUUCUUUCAACAAGAGCAGGAGGAUUAGGAAUUAAUCUAACUUCUGCUGAUACUAUUAUUUUUACUGAUAGUGAUUUUAAUCCAUAUAGAGAUCUUUAAGCAAUUAGUAGAGCACAUAGAAUGGGUUAAACAAAUAAAGUUAAAGUAUUUAGAUUAGUAAGUAAAUAUACAGCUGAAGAAAGAAUUAUUUAAAUUGCAACUAAAAAAUUGCUUUUAGAAGAAAUUAUUAUAAAUCCUAUUAAUAAAUUUACUAAAGAUGAUUUUUAGUCUAUUUUUAAAGAAAGCACUUGGGAAUUGUUUAAUAAAAAUUUAGAAGAAAAAGAUUAAGAAUUUACAGAUGAAUAAUUAAAUAUACUAUUAUAAAGAGAUAUUGAAUAGUAAUCAGAUUAACAGUAUGUAAAUUUAAAAAAAAAUGAUAUAAAUGAUUAUUAUUUAUCAGGAUUCAAAUUUACAAGUUUUAAUUUAGAAUAAGUAGAGAAAGAAGGUGAUGAAAGUCAUUAGAAUGUUAAUUUAGAUAAAUAUUGGGAAACCUUUUUAGAUGAGGAAGCUAAAGAAUUUGCAGAAAAAGAAUAAGAUGAAUUUGGUAAAGGAAAAAGAUUAAAAAAAUAAAAUAUUCCUAACUAUCAUGAAGAUUAUCAUCAAUGUAUUAUAUAAAUUAGAAAUAUAAUUAGUUUCAUCAUCUUAAUAUAGUCCAUCUGAUUAAAGUUAAGGAACUGGAUCAGAAUAAGAAAAUGAUGAAAAUAAGAAAGAUUAGAAAGUAGUAUCAGAGAGAAUGUAGAAAUUAAUAGAUAAAGAUCUAUAAAUUAUGAGAUUCUUCUAAUAAACUGUUCUUGAGCAUUCAGAAUUAGCAUAACUUAAUGUAGAUAAUGAUAUAGUGACAUAUGGUUUUACAGCUUAUCAUAGAUUAGAAUUUCUUGAUUUUGUUUUAUCUUUUGGAAUGGACUUCGAUUCAAUUGAUUAAUUUUAUUAAGUGUAAUAAUUUAUUAUUCUAUAUUAGAUUAUAAAGAGAAAAACCUUAAUGUUUUUCAGCUGAGUAUAAACCCAGUAAUGAUGAAUUUAAAAAGUAUGUUAAAGAAUUUUAUUCUUUACUUUUGGAUUAUGAACAGUUCAAAGAUAAAAAAAAUAUUGCAUUUUGUAAAAUCAAUCCCAAGGAUAUUUUUUAUAGAAUUUGUGGAUUGAUGUAUUUAAAAAAGAAAUAUUAAUUCUACUAAAAUAGAUAAGCUAAAUUUACUAUAAAACAUGAAAGUAUAAUUAAUCAAUAUUAAUGUUUUAGAUUAUUAAAAAAAUAAAGUACAUAAGGAUUAAGAAUAAAUUAUAUACAAAAAUGAUGAGUGGACAAAUUUUGAUGAUUUUACUCUUUGUAAAUAUAUAGCUGAAAAAGGUUUUAAUUCAAGUAAGUAUUAUUUUGAUUAUUUAAGUUGAUUAGAUAAUAGAAGAUCAAGGAUAUUUUUAAUUUGCUUCAGAAAUAUAAGAAUACCCAUUUUGGUUCAAACUAUUUAGAAAAAUUGAAUAGGUUCCAUUCGAAUAGAUUUAAAAUGAAGAAUAAGUUAAGAAAUAUCUAAAGUAUUGGAUAUAAUAAAGAUGUUUAAUGCUAAUGAGUUUAAUUAUUGAUUCUGAAGAAUGA